GUGCUUCUGGGCUUCUCUUGCUGUUGGGGUGAGCAUGGCCAUGGAGACUGUCGCGGAGAGCUGCAUGAAUUCGCAACUGCAUCACUGUCGCUAUCACAGACGGAUGGCUAGUAGUAUGCCCUGAAGGCGUCUUCCCUCUUUACUCCCGUACUUUUGAAACACUACUCUGCUCAAGCCAGCCGUUUUCUAUAUGUGAUGCAUCCCUAGCUAGGAGUGAGCUCCGUAAACUGCCUAAAGACUGCACCGGUAGGCGGCAGCACAUGUGGAAACCGUGACUGAGGGAUUUUGGCAGCCACGUAAUCAUCAAAAGCUGCUGGCAAUAUUUGGCAAGCUUUAAUGCUGAAGGCAUUUAGACAACCUUUCCUGUGGAGGCUCCUGCUGCUCCAGGCCCAGGAACCAGCCAGGCCAGAGGAAGGAAGAAGAUGGCGAGAAAACUCUCCCUAGGUGACAUCAAAGUCAAAGACCUCAAAGAGGACAUUAGAAAAAUCAAACAUUUAAAAAUCUCAUUUGUCAUAUCUCAAAUCCCACAUCUGAAGCAAUCAAAAUAACUUCAGUAUCCAAGCAGCAAGUAACUCAAGUAAUGGGGAGGGAUAGUCUUUCACCGGGGAGAGUGAGGAAGACAUUCACCUCUGUCAAGCAACCAGUUCCUCUCCACCGCAGAUACUGGACAGCAAGAAUCAUCUCUGGAAUCUGGGCUCUGCAAAUGUGGACUGUGAUGGUUGGGAGCCCAAGGCAAGAUGGAAUAAUAUCCAUCGUCACAACUGUGGAGGUAGCUGAAGAGUCCCAAAGGGUGCAGUUUCCUGUUCCAGUGGAAGGUGGUGCCUUGAAGCCAGGAGAACCCCGUUGGGCCAACUAUGUAAAGGGUGUGAUUCAGCAUUAUAGGGCUGGCCCUCUCCCAGGCUUUAAUGUGGUCAUAGCCAGCAAUGUUCCAUUGGGUGGUGGCCUCUCGAGUUCAGCCUCCUUGGAAGUGGCUACAUACACCUUUCUGCAGCAGCUUUGUCCAGAUGAUGAAGAUCCAGUAGCUAAGGCACUGGUAUGCCAGAAAGCAGAGCACACCUUUGCAAUGAUGCCUUGUGGAAUCAUGGACCAGUUCAUCUCUGUGAUGGGGAAGGAGGGCCAUGCUUUGCUGAUAGACUGCAGGUCAUUGGAGACUUGCCUAGUACCUUUGACUGACCCAAACUUAGUUGUCCUCAUCACCAACUCCAAUGUACGGCAUACCUUGACAGGCAGUGAGUACCCCACACGUCGGCGCCAAUGUGAAGAGGCAGCAAAGGUGCUUGGCAAGCCAAGCCUGAGAGAAGCCAGCAUGGCAGAUUUAGAGGCUUCCAAGUCCCUAAUGAGUGGAGAGGUAUACAAGAGAGCCAGGCAUGCCAUUGGGGAGAUAGAACGCACUACCCGGGCAGCUGAGGCACUGCAGUCCAGGGAGUACGAGAGAUUUGGACAACUGAUGGUGGAGAGUCACAAUUCCUUGCGAGAUGACUAUGAAGUCAGCUGUCCAGAGCUAGAUGAGCUGGUAUCUGCUGCUUUGGAGGUCCCUGGGGUUUACGGCAGCAGAAUGACUGGGGGAGGCUUUGGAGGGUGCACCGUUACCCUUCUGGAAUCUAGAGUAGCAGAGAAAGUUCUGGCACACAUCAAGGACAAAUACAGCAAGACAGCAACCUUCUAUUCUACAAAACCUUCUGAUGGAGCCAAAGUACAUCAUCUGCCUUGAAAGAACAUCCAGCUUUUCUGCAAAGAUUUGCUACUCUUCUAUUACCAAGGACUGGGAGAAUUAUAAAGCCCUAAAACCAGCUUACUUGGCCCAUCUGUUAGAGGAUAUAAAAUACCUCAGUUUCUGAUACUGUGGUUAUGCAAAGGAAAUACCUUGAAAUAUUUGAUCAACAUAAUUUUUUAAACAUGGUUUUACAUAGAAGGAAACAAAACCAGUAUAUAUUUUAGUUCAGUCCAAUAAAGCCAUUUUUAGCUGA